GGACCACCAGACACUGUAUGGUAUCAAUGGAAGGCACCUCCUCCUCUCUUCUCUCUCAUCUCUCUUCUCAUUGAAAGCGGUCUGAUUCAACUAUUCAAGUACCAACAAAACGUUCAAAAUCCAGCUCAGUUGAUCCAUAACCAUACAAUAGAAAGCUUAAGCUUUUCACUGUGCCCUGUCAACAAAAUUAUUAAAACAUCUUUAAGCCUUUUUCUUUCUGUUUUUUGGAUCUGUUUUGUUAUCCAAAAAUCUCAACCAUGGCUUGUUUGAAACCUGAUGAGUUGGAGCUUGUUGGUAGAGGAGAGCAAGGUUCUCAUCAUGCUAUGGAAAGAAUUGGUGAUGCUAAUGUUGGUUCCAACAACAACAACAUGGCUGAUGAUGCUUCUAUGAUGCAUUUUCCUGCUAACUGGCCAAUGCCCGCAUCUGGACUGAAUGCAUCAGCUCCAACUCAUUUUACCAUCUUAUUCAAUGGGAACACUUAUGUCUAUGAUGGAAUUAAUACAGAGAAGGUGCAAGAGAUAAUGCUUAUUGCUGCUGCAUAUGCCAAGUCUGCUGAAGUGAAAAUUGGGACACAAUCUUCAUUCACUCCACUCAUUCCCACUUCCACAAGUUCUUCUCCUGCACAAAGAAACUCCAACAACUUGCCUUCAAAACAAUCUGUCUGCUUUCCUGCAGAAAAGAGUUCCAUUUGCAGGCUGCAAGAAUUUCCGUUAGCACGUAGACAAUCUCUUCAGAGGUUUCUUGAGAAGCGACGAGUCAGGUUGUUUAGCAAAGCCCCUUAUGGUUUCUCAAAAAACAUGGCUGGCCUCUAUGAUGACAAUAGUCCAGGGAACAUAGAGAACAGCUUUUAUGAUGACAAUAGUCCACAAGAUUUUGCUUCUUAAUUCAAACAAAGAAUGGAUUUCUGGCAAGUAUUUCUGGCAAGUAUGAUGGUGGUGUACCUUUAUGUGUAGAAUUGUAUUGUUUUCUGUAACAUCAUGCACUCAUGUGGAUGUAUAAUAGAAAACAAGCAAAACUAUGUUACAUGUUCUUCAUCCUAGAGAUCGUAUGUUAACUAACUAUUUUGAACCUAUGACUUGGAAGAUGCAUUGGUCUGUAAUACUCGUCAAAACUAUACAUCAUGCUUAAAACACCUGCUUGUUAUAUAGUGUUAAUGUGACUAGACAUUUAUUAUAAACUGUUCUACUCGUUUGUCACUUUUA